AUGGAGGAGCAGGUGGCUCACAUUAAAGAGAAUUUGAUGGCCGCAUGGGAUAGACAAAAGAUGUAUGUGGAUGCACAUCGAGUGGAAAAGCAGUUUUUUGUUGGUGACAGGAUGAUUCUAAGAGUUCGCUUGCGAAAGAGUCUGAUCUGUUAUGUAAAAGGCUCUAAGUUGGUGCCUCAGUUUGUUGGACCUUUCAAGAUUCUGGGGCAGAUUGGUCAUGUGGCUUCUCGCCUUGCCUUGCCACCUAGCUUGUCCCGCAUCUAUAAUGUCUUUCAUGUGUCUAUUUUGAGGUUGUAUCAUCUUGAUAUUUCACAUGUACUUGAUUGGAAUGCAUUGCAGGUCAAGGAUGGGCAGCUUUCUUUGGAGCCCAUGUGCAUUCUUCAGUGUAGAAAGAUAUCCCUUAGAGGUCAAGGAAUAGAGUUGGUAAAGGUCCAAUGGGACCCAAAUGAUGAUUCAUCAACUACUUGGGAGGAUACAAUGCAGAUGAGAGAGCUAUACCCCUAUUUGUUCUCAGGCUUUCAGGAGUAA